AUGUUUGCCAUGACCCACACCCCGCACAAGAAGACGGCUGAACAGCCGACCACAUCCCCAACCGGUGACAAGGAGAGGGCAGGACCCUCGCCUACCAGUAAGACUGCAGUCUCCAGCGUGAGACGGUGUAUAGGAGAGGGAGAAAAUGCGAUGAUAGAUCCAAAACCGAGCACCUCAGUGACACAGGCUCACUCGCAGCUAAUAAGCAUUUCUCCACCCAUGAAAGCUGCCACAAAGGCCACAAACCAGCCGAAGCCAAAGCAGAAGCCGGUACCCCUAACUGACCCACGAUUGACCACGCGUAGGACUUCCGUGGACGCUCCAGUGGCAGCCACGAAGUCAUCGCCAGCCGAAAAACCCAAGGGUAAGGUUCAGGAGGGUCGCGUUUGGCUCGUAAAGGCCAAAACGCAUGUGACUGAGUCUCGCAAUCUGCGAGGUGACCUGAAGGAGGGGUUACUGACGGCGGUAGACAAACUCUACCAACUCCUAAAAGAGACAGCGGCUGAACUUGAAGAGGAAAAGAGGAAAAACGGGGAAACAAAGGACAAGGGGAAGGAAGAAGAAGGAAGGAAGAAGGAUGAUAAGGUAGAAGGAAAACAUCAGGAUAGCGAGGCUGUAGAUCGUAGAGCGCAACAAGAAGAGAUGUUCAGACUUCUAAGAGAGCAGAGUGCCAAGAUUGACCAAACAAACCUCGAACUGAUAAAGCUCAGGGAGUCUGUCGAUCACAGCCAAGCAGUAGCAGCCACCCAGAGAGCGUCUUACGCCCAAGUCGUAGCUGACCAGAACAGAAGACAGGCGAGCGAUAGGAGCUCUUUACACUCCAUCGUCGUCACUUCUCGCGAUGAGGCUGAGGACAGCGAAGAGGUCCUGAAACAGGUCCGCCAGGCUGUCAACGCCAAAGACGGCUGGGUGACUGUAGAGAGGGUGAGGAGGGUGAAGGACAGGAAGGUUAUACUAGGAUGCAGAACAAUAGAGGAACGCCAGAAGGUUCAGGAGCGGUUGAAGAGUGCAGGAGAUCGGCUGCUUGUCGAGGAAAUGAAAAACCAGGACCCAAUGCUGGCCCUCAAGGAUGUACUAUCGUACAAUAGCAAUGACGAUGUCAUCGCAGCCUUGAGGAACCAGAACGGAGGGGUUUUCCACGGCCUCGACAAGGCAGACGACAGAGUCGAGUUUAAGUUUCGCCGAAAGGCGAGAAACCCGCUCAUGAGCCACGUCGUCCUUAGGGUGUCACCACAAAUCUAUAACCGCAUGAUGCACAACGGAACGGUACAUAUUGAUAUGCAGAGGGUGAAGGUCGAAGACCAGUCCCCUUUAGUCCAAUGCUCGAUGUGCCUAGCGUACGGCCAUGGCAGCCCCGCCAGAGGAUAUACAGCAGCCCAAGCAAACCUCCAGAGGAAGGAACUGGCAACCCUCGAACUCAUGAUUGAGGCCAGUGAGCGAAAACUCGCAUUUGCGCUGCUCCAGGAGCCGUAUGUGGGCGGGGUGAGAAGGAUGAAGGGCUAUCGUGGGGCGAGAAUCUUUCAGAACGCGGCAGUAGGAGAUGGGACUGUGAAGGCGGCAAUUGCUGUCUUUAAUGACGAUCUUGACGUCAUCCAGUGCCCGAAACUCACAAACAACAAUAUUGUUGUAGUGAGGAUCCGAACCGCGGCCUGGGAAAUCGCGGCGGUGUCCUUCUACUUCGAACCGGAUCAGCCCAUAGAGCCAUACUUGGAGCAGCUUCGUACCAUCAGAGAGGAGCUGGGCUCUACACCAUUGCUGUUAGGUGGCGAUAGCAACGCCAAGAGUACCUGGUGGGGCAGCACCGUAGAAGACCACAGGGGAAAAGAACUGUCCGGGACCCUGGAAGAGUCUGGGCUUCAGGUACUGAACAAUGGUGAUACGCCGACUUUUGACACCGUUAGAGGUGGAAGGGCGUAUACCAGUCACGUCGACAUUACAGCCUGUACCGCAGACCUACUAGAUGUAGUCGAUAACUGGAGGGUAGACCAGACUGUGACGAGCUCGGACCACAACACCAUCCUAUUCCACAUCGCUCUACGCAAGAGCAAAGGCCUAAAAGUAGAGAGGACAACUAGGCUCUACAACACGAAAAAGGCUGACUGGGACAUUUUUAGGCGUGUGCUUCUGGAACAAAAAUUGGCAAACAACAUUACUGUAGAGACGGUAAAUAACAUACUCACCAAAACAGAUUUGGAAUCUUUGGUCCAGAAGUACACAAGUUGCAUUACGGUUGCGUGCAAGGAGAGCAUGCCGGCCAAGAAGACCAAGGAGGUCUUAGGAGUCCCAUGGUGGAAUGACGAGCUCGCGAGGCUGAAAAGGGUUACCACUACCUUCAGGCGCAGAAUUAAGAACGCGGCACCGCACCGCAGAGAUAUAGUGGUAGCCCAGUACCUAGAGAAGAAAGAAGCCUACGAGUGCCAAGCCAAGAAAGCCCAAAUUGACAGUUGGAAAGCGUUCUGCGAGAAGCAAGAUCGGGAAGGACUCUGGGAGGGUAUUUAUAGAGUCAUUAGAAGGACCACCAGGAGACAAGAGGACUUGACCCUAACCAAAGACGGUGCAUUCUUGAACCCAGUAGAAUCGGUGUGCCUACUAGCAGAAGUAUUCUACCCGAAAGACCUGAAGGAAACGGACAAUGAGGAUCAUCGCCGGACCAGAAUGGCGGCAGAGCGAGUAAACGAACCGAGACAUGAUGAACAACAUGACCCGCCGUUUACUUCGCUGGAGCUAAGGACCGCGAUGGGCAGCUUCAAUCCGAAGAAGGCCCCAGGAGCGGAUGGCUUCACAGCUGACAUCUGCAGUCGAGCGAUCGCCCAGGAUCUGGACGCAUUCCUUGCCCUGGCCAACAAGUGCCUCACAUUGGGGUGCUUCCCGGACACAUGGAAGGAGGCCACGGUGGUGGUAUUAAGAAAACCGGGCAAGGAAGACUACACGAACCCCAAAGCAUACAGACCGAUAGGUCUACUGCCAGUUUUGGGGAAGAUCCUGGAGAAGAUGAUAGUAGCAAGGAUGAAGUGGCACCUAGUACCGAGGAUUAGUACUCGCCAGUACGGAUUCAUGCCCCAGAGGAGCACCGAGGACGCCCUCUAUACUCUAGUGAACCAUAUUCAGGGUAAGAUUAAGCUGAAGAAGCUGGUAACCCUAGUCUCACUGGAUAUAGAGGGGGCCUUCGAUAGCGCAUGGUGGCCAGCAAUCAGAGUCCGUCUGGCUGAGGAAAAGUGUCCGGUCAAUAUCAGGAGGCUACUGGAUAGCUAUCUCGACUGUAGAAAGGUCAGAGUUAGGUACGCCGGGGAAGAAUGCACGAGGAGCACGAACAAGGGAUGUGUGCAAGGGUCAAUCGGUGGUCCCAUCCUGUGGAACAUCCUCCUUGACCCUCUACUGCGCGACUUGGAAGACAUGGGAUACUACGUGCAGGCGUUCGCGGACGAUGUGGUCAUGCUUUUUGAUGGGGACUCUGGUCUCGAGGUAUCGAGACAGGCCAAUGCCGCUUUAGCCUAUGUUCAGCAAUGGGGUGUUCGAAAUAAGUUGAGAUUUGCGCCACACAAGACCUGCGCAAUGGUCAUGACGAAGAAACUGAGAUACGACAACCCAUUGCUGACCAUGGGAGGAGUGAACAUUGAGGUCUCGAAGGAGGUGAAAUUAUUAGGCGUCAUUAUAGAUGAGAAGCUUACCUUCAACACACAUGUUGCUACGCAGUGCAAAAAGGCACUCGAUAUUUAUAAGCAACUGUCGAAAGCAGCAAAGGUAAACUGGGGGCUUCACCCCGAAGUUAUACGCACCAUCUAUAUUGCUACAGUAGAGCCAAUAAUUAUGUAUGCCGCAGCGGCGUGGGCUCCCGCGUCGGAAAAACUAGGUGUGCGAAAGUUGCUCUCCACUGUGCAACGGGGUUUUGCCCAAAAGCUCUGUAAAUCUUAUCGCACAGUCUCUCUACACUCGGCUCUGGCGUUGGCGGGGAUACUUCCUCUCGACCUUAGAAUACAGGAGGCAGCCGCCCUGUAUAAGGCCAGGAGAGGGUCGCCCCCGCCUGCUCUAGGAGAUAGAGAGACCGAGAGUGUGAUACGAUUUUCAGAAGCUCUACAUCCGGCGGAACAUAUAGACCUGGAGUUCAUGAGCUUGGUAGACCAACAGCGUGUAGAGCAGCAUAACAUGCAGGCGGUGCGCAUAUUUACAGACGGAAGUAAGAUUGAGGGGAAAGUCGGAGCCGCAUUAUCCGUAUGGAAUAAUGAGGCCGAGACCAGUAGCCUCAAGCUUGCUCUGUCUGCGUACUGCUCAGUUUACCAGGCGGAACUCUUGGCUAUAUGCAAAGCUUCGGGCAUGAUCCUGAGAAGGGGGGAGGAUAGUUAUGGCGUAUAUAGCGAUUCGAGGGCAGCGCUGGAGACGAUCGCCAACCAUGGCUCUCUUCAUCCCCUUGCAGUGGAGACUAGGAAGAACCUGCGGACGGCCUUGGCCCAGGGCAAAGCUGUGUCUUUGUUCUGGGUGAAAGCCCACGCAGGUCUUCCAGGCAACGAACGCGCGGACGAACUGGCGAAGGAGGCGGCUCUCUCAUUAAAAAGAAAACCGGACUAUGAUAAGUGUCCUGUAUCACACGUCAGGAAACUUUUACGUGAUACAACUCUAGAUCGAUGGAACAGCAGAUAUCUAGACGGUGACACAGCUUCCAUAACGAAGGUCUUCUUACCAGAUGCCAUCCAGGCAUAUAAGUUCGUCCGAAAGAUAGGGCCGACGGGAAUGCUCACUCAAAUAUUGACGGGGCAUGGUGGGUUCUCUCAGUACUUGAACCGUUUCAAGUGCAGGGACAACCCAUCAUGCGCCUGCGAUCCAGCGCGCGAAGAAACGGUUGUUCACCUCCUUACGGAGUGCCCAAUCCACAAUCGCGAGCGCUUUGAUUUAGAAAAUAGACUUGAUUUAACAGUCAACAAAGAAAAUUUGCACACAUUACUGCGAGCGACUGAAGCGGGAACCGUGCACAUCGACCUGCAGAACAUCAGAGUGGCCGACCAGUCACCUCUCGUGCAGUGCACCAGGUGUCUGGGCUACGGCCACAGCAAGAGAUUCUGCACGGAGUCCGCGGAUGUCUGCAGCCACUGUGGGGGGGCACACGUCAGCACCGACUGCGCCGAGAAGCUCGCUGGCGGGGCACCGUCGUGCCGGAACUGCCAGCGGGCCAAAGCGGAGCAGGUCCAGCACAAUGCUUUUAGCAGUGACUGCCCAGUGCGCAGGCGGUGGGACGCGUUGGCCAGGUCCACAGUGGCCUAUUGCUAA